UGCUGCUGCCUGGUUGUCGAGAAUGGCGGGGUUAGAAGAAGCCUUGUUGGUCAGCAGGUUUCGUAAUUCAAAAUAACCACGAAAACAGAAGACAAGCGGCGGUGACUCCGUCUACAGAAAGACCUGAAGGCAAAAACUUUGAGGAGAACGGCAGAGUUCACCUGCGGAGCGGUGUUAGCGCUUCCGUUUUCUUCGUUAGCUGUCCUCUGCUGUUUGACAUGUCUUUGUCCUGAAGCAACAAACCGUCCGCUUCAAGGAAAAUGUCGGAGGUCAAGAUCGCAAAGCGCAAGGACAAGUGUGAGAACUGCACCAAGCAGUGCAACAAGAAGCAGACCGAGGAUGGUGCCGUACCGAACGCAGACCGCGAGGAAGUCAACGGGCAGUUGGACGAAGGGUCCCAGUUGCUGCUGAGCGCGUGUCUCUCCUGUGACGGCUGUCUCUCUGAAGAGGACAACCUGAAGAUCUCUCAGCAGAAUCUGGAGGAAGUGGAGCGCGUUUUGGCCCUGAAUAAGAGGUGCGACGCGUCGAAGCACAAGGUGCUCGUGGCGUCGUUAUGUCCGCAGUCGCUGCCUUUCUUUGCCGUCAAGUUUGGUGUGGGCAUCAACGAAGCUGCACAGAAACUCUGCAGCUUCCUCAAGCACGUGGGAGUAACGUUUGUGUUCGACACCACGCUGGCAGCAGGCUUCAGCAUCUUAGAGACGCAGAAAGAGUUUACUCAGAGAUACCGCAGGAGACAUCACGACUCCCAUGCCUUGCCCAUGUUUACGUCGUCGUGCCCAGGUUGGAUUCGCUAUUCAGAACGUGUGCUGGGCAGUUUGGUCACCCCUCAUAUCUGCACAGCCAGGUCUCCUCAGCAGAUCAUGGGCUGUUGGGUCAAAGAUUACUUCUCUAAACAGCAGAAGCUGAGUCCAGAGCAGCUGUAUCACGUGGUGGUGGCGCCCUGCUUCGAUAAGAAGCUGGAAGCCGUGAGAGAAGAGUUUUACAACAGUCUGAUGGAGACCAGAGACGUGGACUGUGUCCUCACCUCACGAGAGAUUUAUCACCUGAUGGAGCGAAGGAAGAUGUCGGCGGAGGAGCUGGACUCUGUUGCACUGGACCAAAUGAUGGGAGACGGUGGCGACGCGGCGCUGGUGAGGCACGACGGUCGAGGCUCUGAAGGCUUCCUGGAGCACGUGUUCAAACACGCCGCUAAAGAGCUGUUUGGUCUGGACGUGCAAGAAAUCACCUACAGAACCCUCAGGAACCGGGACUUCCAGGAAGUGACGCUGGAGCGGGACGGGGAAACUCUGCUGCAGUUUGCUGCCGUGUACGGUUUCCGAAACAUCCAGACUCUGGUGCAUCGAAUGAGGAAGGGGCGUGUCCCUUACCAGCUGGUGGAGGUCCUGUCCUGCCCCGGAGGGUGCCUGAGCGGCCGAGGUCAGGCGGAGAGCGAGGUGGAGGGUCGGGUGGAUAAAGCUCUGGUCCAGCAGAUGGAGGAGGUCUACAGCAGCCUGCCUGUCCGACUGCCAGAACUGAACCCCGCCCUGAAGACCCUGUAUGAGGACUGGCUGCAGGGCCAGAACUCCACUGAGGCCAGCAAGCUGCUGCACACGGAGUACAGAACCCCGAGUCAGGUCCACACGCAGCCCCCGCACAUGGAGUGGUGAGAGGGCUCAGAGACAAACAGCCGGGCGGUCCAGGUUCUGCUGCGACCCGCUCAAGACUUUAUCUGGACCAGAGGACAAGCUGUGGACCACGGGGAGCGGCUUAUUCUGUUUAUUCAGUUUUUUUAAU